ACAUUAUCAGCUGGUAUGAAUAGAGCAUUAUGCAUACUAGGCAGUGCACGAUGUAUGAAUAACAACAGUAGUCUAUGUAGAGCCACUCUAGCUCUUUCAUCACGUGACCAAAGGGGAUCAGGUCCGACUCCUUCCGGACCGCGUAAGUCCUAUCCCCAUUGUCACGGACGUUGAUCUUUCCAUUUGAUGACCAUGCCUGCUUUAACUUGUGUUCUCGACAGACCUGCCUACACAGGUAGAGAAGACGAUCACGAUAUUUGGUCAGAUCUUCAUUAAUUGCGAUGUGCCUAGUUUCAGUUUGCUUACGCAGCUUCUUUGCGUCCUUCAUCAAUGAAAACUUCACAUCAGUAGUGCGAAGUCUGACAAUAAUUUGUCUCGGUGAAUUCCUUUGUUUCCGAGGAUCGCCAACGCGGUGGGACGUAACAAUAUCGGUGGGUGCAAGUGGAACUCCCGCGGAUGAUGUAACUUUAAGAAGUUUUUCAGUAUAGUUGAUUCAUCGGAUGAUUCAGAUAUUCCGGAAACCCGGAUGGUGAGCGUUUGACGCCUUUUAUAGUCAUGUGACUUUAGACCAGGGUUGGAUUUUUCAUAUUGUCCAGUGGGUUUGAUGUGUUCAGACGUUUGAGUUUUAGUUAUAGUUGAAGCUAUUUCGCCAUCAGGUUGCACCAAAGAAGCUUUGAUUUAUAGUACACUUUGCAUUUGAUAAAUAUCAAGCCUAAAGUCCAUAACUUUGAUAAACAUGGACCAGCUAGUUCAGAGAAGGUUAGGGAAUAUUUCCUCAGCAAGACGGAAUCAGAGACAGCGCGACUUUGGGUUCCCAGUCUCAAUGAUACCCCUCUCCACUGCCUGGUCCCGAAUUCUCUGGUGCGAUACAGGUGUAUGAUUCAGGACAUGUACGACCCCGAGUUCUACAUGGGCGAGUACGAAGUGUCUGAUGUCGCCACAAAGACAACCUCGAUGAAGUCGGGACUGUACAAGGACAUAGCGGAAUGCUCUAAAAAUCAAGAAAUCAACACAGAAUCUGAAAGAAAUGUGACAAUGGAGAGACAGACACUGUACUGUGUGCCCAUUCCGGGAGAGACGGACUGGGUCAAGUCAGGUUAUUCAGACAAGACUGGUAAGAAAGGUUUUCCAUCCUCCUCAGUGACCCCUAGCAGGUCAAAACGAGGAUUGGAGGAGGAUAAUGAAGCUCCGCUGGACACUCGCAUGGAGGAAGAGAUGGACAGCAAGAUAGAGGACAACAAACGACCUCGAAGAGAUGUGCUGGAAGGAUCAAUACCUUGCAAUAACCCUGAUCUAAACUUUCCCUUGCCUGGAGAGAAAGGACUGCCAUGUUUAGUAAAGGUUUACGAGGAUAUGGAUGGUUUUGCGGUCACUGAUAUGAUCGAAUUUAUUGGAGUUCUGUCUGUUGAUCCUUCAUUGGCUCAUGUCUACGACGAAAACAGGUUGGAUGGCUUACAGAACAGUAUAGAAGGUUAUGAAGAACCGAUGGAGGAGAGAAGUGCUCACGCUCCACCUCCUUCCCUGGUGCCGAGGCUUCACGCUAUUAUUCAUCACAAACUGAAACACAAUAAUCCGCAUGUACCCGCAGAAAAAGAAAAAAUAGAUACAGAUGUGAAAUCUCUGAGGGCGGAAAUCUCCUCAUUACGACGUCAGAUCCUGUCAGCUCUGGAACAGGUGAUGCUGGGAGAUUCUCUGGCAGCUGAAUACUUCCUGUGUCACUUGAUUUCUUCCGUGUAUGGAAGAGCUGAUGUAAUGCCGUUGGGCAAGUUCAGUUUGAAUCUCACUCACUGCCCCCCAACAAAUGAGUAUGGACAACUAAUUCACACUUUUAUGGAGGCACUAACAACCAAGUGUCAUUUUUUCCCGCUGUCCAUUGAGAACAUGAAUAACCUAAGGCUGAGUCCAGAAAAAGAUUACACUGCUAACCGACUGCGGAGUGGUCUGCUACAACUGUCAGCUGACACGUCACUGGUCAUUGAUGAAACGCAGCUUCAGCCGGGGCAGCUGGAAGCCACAGGUGUGAAGAAUAUGACGGCUCUAGGAAACCUGAUUAGUUGGCAGAAGGUGGAAUAUGAUUUUCGCUUUCAUAAACAAGAUUUCCUGUCCAAUGUAUGUGUGUUCAUCUUAUCGGAAGCGAAGUCCAUCCUGCCUAGUGAUUGCUUGGUGCCCUUGAACCCAGCCUGUGUAGUGGAAAAUCUUCAGAGACACUUCUCACAGCUUGAUGUGGUUCUGACCCCAGAAUUUCUGGGUCACGUGAGAAGUUUCCUGACCAUUUGCAAACUUCAGGAAUACACAAUUAGUGAUGAUAUGCAAAAGGCAAUCCAGGAUGAUUUUGUGGAGAUGAGGAAAGAGGACCACAAGUCUAUGACAGUGGACGAUUUCCAUACCUUGCUGAAUUUAGUCAGGUUGUUAUCGCUGAGUGCCCUAGAAACCUCUCCAACACAGAGUAUGUGGGAAAAAGCAAAAACAAUGGAAGCUGAAAGGAAAAGGAGGAUUCUAAUGUCAAACAACACGCCAUGAUGCUUGGCUAUUUUAGAUAUCCACAUUUCAUUUGAUAAACUUUUUAGGUCACUUGAGAUGACCUAUUGCGAUUAGUAGUUGUCCAUGAUCUGUUAAAAUUGUGAACAUAUUCAACUUCUCUGAAAACGCAUGGUCAUUUUUUAUUUUGAUUUUGACAUGGAACAAUUUUGGGGUUAAGGGUGCCCUGGAGCUCAAGAGAUUGGGAUCAAAGCAACAGGGAUUGAGACUCUAGGGCAAAUCUAAAGAGUGAUAAUAUUCGUGUUUUGAAAGUCAUCUUUAUCUUUUACUUAAACUUCUAUGUCUAUGGUUAUGAAGAGCAUGAAAAAUACUACCACAAUUGUGGAAUUCACGCCGUUCUAUGACGUGUAGUUACUGAGGAUUCAGGUAGCAGUAAUGGUAUAGUAGUAGUAGUAGUUUUAUUCAGGCAGAACAAUCAUUUUGUAUAAAACAUCAUCAAAAUAUAGAUAAAUAAAUACACAUGUUAAUUGUAUAAAACUUAGCAUACCCGAUGUUAUCACAGUCAUUUUAUCACAGUAUUGUCAUCACACACAAGAUAUUAUCACUGCUGCAUUAUGUACUUAUAUCACAGUCUACCUAGGAUAACCCAUUAAAGCAAAAAUAUUAUUGCUUAUUUCCAAUGGGGUCCUUGAGAAUUUAAAAUUAUAUCUUUGUCAGUAAAUAAAUUACAAUUGGAUGGCAUGGACAGCAAUGUUUAAAAUAUGUUGGUAAAUGAAUGAUAUAGUGUAGCCUGAAUAGAGUAAGAUCAAUGUACAAUUAAAAACUUACAAUGAAUAAUUAAAAGUGAAUGAGGUUCAAUUUACAGUGAAAAUAUAUACAGUGCAUGAAGUUUUUAGAAUGCUUCUUUACGCAUGGAAUUUUGUGUAUAAAAUGUGGAAACCAAGGACAAUUUAUUUGCAUUUUUAGAAAAAUAUAAAACGCCUUGUUUUAUUGAGUUGUCUAUUUAAAGAGAUAUUACUCGGAUGACUGUUAAGGCCUUCAGGCCUAUUGUUACAUUUGUUAGUGUGAUGAUAAAUGAUAUUUAAAGUGGAAUAAAAUUGUUUUGAAAACAAA